AUGCCAAAGAAAGCAAAGCCUGCAGGGACUGGGAAGGAAGAGAGGCCUGUUCCCCGUAAGCAGGCGAAGGUGGAGGCAGCUGGUGGGCCUUCUACUUUGAACUUUGACAGCCCCGGUGGUCUCUUUGAAAGUUUAAUCUCACCCAUCAAGACAGAGACUUUUUUCAAGGAAUUCUGGGAGCAGAAGCCCCUUCUGAUUCAGAGAGAUGACCCUGCACUGGCCACGUAUUACCGGUCUCUGUUCAGGUUGACGGAUCUGAAGAGUCUGUGCAGCCGGGGUGUGUACUAUGGAAGAGACGUAAAUGUCUGCCGGUGCGUCAGUGGGAAGAAGAAGGUUUUAAAUAAAGAUGGCAAAGCGCACUUUCUUCAGCUGAGAAAAGAUUUUGAUCAGAAAAGGGCAACAAUUCAGUUUCACCAACCUCAAAGAUUUAAGGAUGAACUGUGGAGGAUCCAGGAGAAGCUGGAAUGUUACUUUGGCUCCUUGGUUGGCUCAAAUGUGUACAUAACCCCUGCAGGGUCUCAAGGCCUACCCCCCCACUAUGACGAUGUUGAGGUUUUCAUCCUGCAGCUGGAGGGAGAGAAACACUGGCGCCUCUACCACCCCACUGUGCCACUGGCACGAGAGUACAGCCUGGAGACUGAGGACAGGAUUGGGAAGCCGACACAUGAGUUCAUGUUGAAGCCAGGUGAUCUGCUUUACUUUCCCAGAGGGACCAUUCAUCAAGCGGACACUCCUCCAGGGCUGGCCCACUCCACUCACGUGACCAUCAGCACCUACCAGAACAGUUCAUGGGGAGAUUUCCUUUUGGAUACCAUUUCUGGGCUUGUGUUUGAUACUGCAAAGGAAGACAUGGAGUUACGGGCUGGCUUACCCCGGCAGCUGCUCCUGCAGGUGGAAACCACAACUGUUACAACAAGAUUAAGUGGCUUUCUGAGGAUGCUUGCAGACCGGCUGGAGGGCACCAAAGAACUGCUUUCAUCAGACAUGAAGAAGGAUUUUGUUAUGAAUAGACUACCACCUUACCAUGUAGGGGAUGGGCCAGAGCUUUCAACACCAGGUGGAAUGUUACCACGGUUGGACAGCACAGUGAGAUUUCAGUUUAAAGAGCACAUCAUCCUCACAGUAGGGCUAGCUCAGGAUCGGUCUGAUGAAACUCAAGAAAAAAUGGUUUAUGUCUAUCAUUCCUUAAGGAAUAGGAGAGAGACACACAUGAUGGGAAAUGAGGAAACAGAGGUUUGUUCCAGCCUAAGGCAAAUGUCUUUCAUAUGAUUUGGGUGGUGGUGGGAUUGUUUUCUUUGAUUCAUGGACAAUGUGCUUUUUUAUGACUGCAGUGUGGGCUUAAUUUUCACAGUCGACUAAGUCCUUGCAUGGGGGUGAUUAAGUGAGAUGGUUCUGUGAUAUGCAUACACAUAAACGCGAGUUUUAAAAGAUACUAGCUGGGACAUGUAG